UUUACCGGGGACAUGUCGAGAAGGAACGAAAAGGAGGUUCUUCAGACUCUAAACGACCGGUUCGCGGGCUACAUUGACAAGGUGCGAAACCUCGAGAUGCACAACAGGAACCUGGAGGCAGAAGCGGCAGAGCUGAGGCAGAACCAGGCUGGACGCGCGUCUGUUGGAGAGCAUUACGAUCGCGAGCUGGGUGACCUGAGGAGUCUGGUGCAGCAGCUGACCGGAGAGAAAGCUUGUGCGGUGCUGGAGCACGAGCAUCUGGAAGAGGACAUCCAAAACAUGCAGGCUAAAUUGGAGGACGAGGCACACACCCGCGAGGAGAUGGUGGCUACAAUGCGGGCAAUGAAGAAGUAUGUGGAUGAGUGCGGUCAUGCCCGGCUCGAUCUGGACAAGAAGCUUUGCACACUACAAGAAGAGGCCGCCUUCCUGAAGAAGAACCACAACGGGGAGAUUGCGGAACUUCUCGCACAAAUCCAGGGCGCCCAGGUGAACUUCGAGGUUCGAGACACUCUCAAAGCAGACGUCACGAGCGCACUGAGGGAGAUUCGCGCGCAGCUGGACGGACACGCAACAAAGAGCGCAACGCAAGCUGAAGAAUGGUUCAAAGUGCGCAUGCUGCGUCUGUCGGAGGCGGCGCACGACAACACCGAGGCGAUCCGCGGCGCCCAGGAGGAGAUCUCCGAGUACCGGCGCCAGCUGCAGAGCCGCACCAUCGAGCUGGAAACCCUGCGAGGAACCAAGGAGUCUCUGGAGAGGCAGCACAUGGACAACGAGGACAGACACAACGGAGAUCUCAACUCCAUGCAGGAGACUAUCCACCAGCUGAGCAAUGAGUUGAAGAGCACCAAGUGGGAGAUGGCCAGCCAGCUGAGGGGGUACCAGGAGCUGCUCAACGUGAAAAUGGCUCUGGACAUCGAGAUCGCUACCUAUAGGAAGCUGCUGGAAGGCGAGGAAACACGUUUUGUUUCGGGGAUGGGGCCGUACUCCUACCUGAUGCUGAAAGGAAAAGAGAUGUCCGACACGGUUAUCCUGGAGGAGCUGACCGACGAGACUCAGGUGACGGAAGAUGCAGAAGAGGGGGAUGACGAGAGAGAGGCAGGAGAGGACAUGGAAGAGAAGGAGGGAGAAAAGGACGAAGGAGGUGAUGAAGAGGGCGACGAGACCAAAGCAGAAGGAGAGUUUGAGGAAGGGGGUGACGAGACCAAAGAGGAGCAGGCCGAGGGAGCUGAAGAGGAGGAAGAGGGAGGUAACGAGGUGAAGGAAGAGGACAACAAGUCAAAGUCGCCUGAGAAGGCGGCCUCACCUCCAUCCAAGUCACCCCCCAAGUCUCCAGCAGUCAAAUCCCCAGAAUCCAAGUCACCUCCAUCCAAAUCACCUAUGCCAAAAUCACCUGCCAAGUCUCCAGCAGUCAAAUCACGAGUGGACGAGAGGUCAAAAUCCACAGAAUCCAAGUCCCCGGCUGUCAAAUCGCCCAAGUCCGAAUAUUCAGAGCCCAAGACCCCCAAGCUCAAGUCCCCUAUUGCCAGCACUCCAGAGCCCAAGACACCAGAGCUCAAGUCCCCUGUCACCAAAACUCCAGAGCCCAAGACCCCCGAGCUCAAGUCCCCUGUCGCCAAAACUCCAGAGCCCAAGACCCCCGAGCUCAAGUCCCCUAUCGCCAAAACUCCAGAGCCCAAGACCCCCGAGCUCAAGUCCCCUAUUGCCAAAACUCCAGAGCCCAAGACCCCCGAGCUCAAAUCCCCUGUCGCCAAAACUCCAGAACCCAAGACCCCCGAGCUCAAGUCCCCUGUCGCCAAAACUCCAGAGCCCAAGACCCCCGAACUCAAGUCCCCUGUCGCCAAAACUCCAGAGCCCAAGACGCCAGAGCUCAAGUCCCCUGUCGCCAACACUCCAGAGCCCAAGACCCCCGAGCUCAAGUCCCCUGUCACCAAAUCUCCCCAGCCCAAGACCCCCGAGCCCAAGUCCACCAUUUCCAAAACUCCAGAAACCAAGACCCCUGAGGCCAAGUCCCCCGUUGCCAAAACUCCAGAGCCCAGGACCCCCGAGCCCAAGUCCCCCACUGCCAAAUCUCGCCGGCCCAUGACCCCUGAGGCCAAGUCCCCUGCUGCCAAAUCUCCCCAGCCCAAGACCCCCGAGCUCAAGUCCCCCGACGCCAAAAGUCCAGAACCCAAGACCACGGAGCCCAAGUCCGCCGCCGCCAAAUCUCCCCAGCCCAAGACCCCCGAGCUCAAGUCCCCCGUCGCCAAAACUCCAGAGCCCAAGACCACGGAGCCCAAAUCCCCCAUCACCAAAACUCCAGAGCCCAAGACCCCCGAGCUCAAGUCCCCUGUCGCCAAAACUCCAGAGCCCAAGACACCAGAGCUCAAGUCCCCUGUCGCCAAAACUCCAGAACCCAAGACCCCCGAGCUCAAGUCCCCUGUCGCCAAAACUCCAGAACCCAAGACCCCCGAGCUCAAGUCCCCUGUCGCCAAAACUCCAGAGCCCAAGACACCAGAGCUCAAGUCCCCUGUCGCCAAAACUCCAGAGCCCAAGACCACGGAGCCCAAAUCCCCCAUCACCAAAACUCCAGAGCCCAGGACCCCCGAGCCCAAGUCCACCAUUUCCAAAACUCCAGAAACCAAGACCCCUGAGGCCAAGUCCCCCGUUGCCAAAACUCCAGAGCCCAGGACCCCCGAGCCCAAGUCCCCCACUGCCAAAUCUCGCCGGCCCAUGACCCCUGAGGCCAAGUCCCCCGCUGCCAAAUCUCCACAGCCCAAGACCCCCGAGCUCAAGUCCCCCGUCGCCAAAAGUCCAGAGACCAAGACCACAGAGUCCAAAUCCCCCAUCACCAAAACUCCAGAGCCCAAGACCCCCGAGCUCAAGUCCCCCACCGCCAAAUCUCCCCAGCCCAAGACCCCCGAGCCCAAGUCCACCAUUUCCAAAACUCCAGAAACCAAGACCCCUGAGGCCAAGUCCCCCGUCGCCAAAACUCCAGAACCCAAGACCCCCGAGCCCAAGUUCCCCGCCACCAAAUCUCCCCAGCCCAAGACCCCCGAGCUCCAGUCCCCCGCUGCCAAAUCUCCCCAGCCCAAGACCCCUGAGCCCAAGUCCCCCGCUGCCAAAUCCCCCCAGCCCAAGACCCCCGAGCUCAAGUCCCCCGUCGCCAAAACUCCAGAGCCAAGGACCCCCGAGCCCAAGUCCCUUGCCGCAAAAUCUCUCGAGCCCAAGUCCCCCGUCGGCAAAACUCCAGAAUCCAAAACCCCCGAGGCCAAGUCCCCGGUCGCCAAAACUCCAGAAACCAAGACCCCGGAGCCCAAAUCCCCCGUAGCCAAAACUCCAGAGCCAAAGACCCCCGAGCUCAAGUCCCCCACCGCCAAAUCUACCCAGCCCAAGACCCCCGAACCCAAGUCCCCCAUCGUCAAAACUCCGGAACCCAAGACCCCAGAGCCCAAAUCCCCAGUCGCCAAAACUCCAGAGCCCAAGACCCCCGAGCCCAAGUCCCCCGUCGCCAAAACUCCAGAGCCCAAGACCCCGGAGCUCAAGUCCCCUGUCGCCAAAUCUCCCCAGCUCAAGCCGCUGGAGCUCAAGACAACCGAGCCCAAGACCCCCGAGCCCCAGUCCUCUGCUACAAAAUCCCCCCAGCCCAAGACCCCCGAGCCCAAGUCCCCCAAGCCCAAGUCCCCCGUCACCAAAGACCCACCAAAGGAGGAGAAGAAAGAGCAAGUGAAGGAUGAGGAGAAAGAGAAGCAGGAACCUAAGAGCAAGGUCGAGGACACGGCCGACAAACCGAAUGCGAAAAAGGAGAAGAAGCCAGAGGAGAGCCCCAAGAAGGCCGAGACCCCCAAACCGGCCAAGCCCGAAGAGGACAAUCCCAGCCCCAAGUCCCCGACCAAGAAAGAAGAGGAAAAAUCUGCUCCUCCGAAAACAGACGAGCCCCAGGCCGAGGUGAAGCCCACCCCUAAAGCGUCCACACCCGAGAAGGCAGAGAGCAAGAAAGAGCAGAAGAAACCCGAGGGCAAGAAAGAGGAGAAGAAGCUGUCCCCCAAGCAGUAA